UGUUGCAUACAUCAGAGAAAACCAACCAGCAACCACAAAAUACUACACACAUCGAUGACGAGGAGCCAUUAAAGAAGAGAGAUAACCUCAACAAACAAACACAAACAAACAAAACCAACUACAGACAACCAAUCAUGACAGUCGCAGAACCUCAGCCUGGCCACCAUCCAUGGAACUUCCAGGCCUCAGCAUUCAACAUCAUCCAUGGAGAGAUUGUGGCGGUGACGAGUGCGAUGAGGAGGAACUCGAGAUGGGCCGGGAGCAGCAUCUCGCCGUUUGUUCCGUUGGCCAACCUCCAGGCUGAUCGAGCAGCCGGAUCUAGUGCUGUGAUCGGACUACGAAAUCUCAAAACCGGUGUCGAUGAAUCAUCAAAUAACAUCAAUAAUAAUAAUAGUAGUGGUAGUAGUAGUAAUAAUACUAACCAUAACUCACUGGCUAGCUCCAAUUAUUCUCACGUUCGAGGUGGAUUGAUGGCCGGAUUUGCUACUCUAAUUAUGGAACUGAGGGAAUGCCAAGAUAUUUCACAGUUGGACGCCUUAACUCUACUGAGUCCAUUCCUAGCGGUGGUCAGGUCGAACGAGACAAAUGGGCCGAUCACUGCCCUGGCCUUAUCAUCGAUCGACAAGUUCUUGACCUACUCCUUCAUCAAUCCCAACUCAUCAUCCCUUCCGAUCGCCAUGUCUCAGGUCAGUGCUGCCGGAACUCACUGUCGCUUCGAGGCCAGCGAUAGCAUCAGCGACGAGAUCGUCUUGCUCAAAAUCUUGGACGUCCUCGAACAUGCGCUCACCGGCCCGGUAGGAUAUACUUUGACCGAUGGGGCGGUUUGUCAGAUGAUGGAAACUGGUCUGAGCAUGUGUUGUCAGAUGAGACUCAGUGAGAUGCUCCGUCGGUCUGCCGAGCGGACGAUGCAAGUCAUGGUUUCUGCGAUCUUCGGAAGGCUCAAGAAUCUCAAUCCAUCCGUCGAUGACUUUGUCCCAGAUGACGAUACAGACGAGGAGAAUGGGCUCAAGGAACGGCUAAGGAUGUUAGCACCAGAUCCACGAAGUGGCUCGAUCCCAGCCGCCUCAUCCCUCGCCAACAAAGAGCGUGAACGCAGUCAAAGUCUCUCACAAAAGGCAUCGUCCAGCCUCCCAGAAGAAUCUUCAAAAGCCGAAGAGCCACCAAUUGACGAUGAGAAAGAAGCCCUACUUCAGCCUCCUAAGGAACCCACGCCAGAGCCAACGAUUAAUGGGGCAACAAGCGAGGGGGAAGAUCUAAAUGAAGAUAUGGCAGAAGAUUUGGAACCACAUGGGUUACCUUCGAUUAAAGAGCUCAUGCGUGUACUCAUCUCCCUCCUAGAUCCCUACGACCCACAGCAUACCGAUACAAUGCGCUUGACAGCACUGAACAUUUUGAUUACCGUCUUCGAAGUUGCUGGACAAGACGUGGGUCGAUUUCGCAGUUUAAGAGCCAUGGUUUCCGACGACUUGUGUAAAAACCUCUUCCAGCUCGUCCGAUCUGAGAACAUCAGCAUCCUCUCCACUUCUCUACGCUGUAUGACCAACCUACUCGAUACCAUGCGACCCUACCUCAAGAUCCAUCUAGAACUACUCUUAUCAUAUCUCAUGGACAGGCUUCGUCCGCAUCCCACUCUGACGAUCCAUAAACUGACCAAUGGCCAUACCGGUACGACCGCCGAAUUUGAAGAACAACUUGACAAGAUCACCUGGAAGCACUUGGACGGGAUCGAUGGAAUCCCUCAACCAACUGCGACUGCGUCCUCCACACCUAACUCUUCCCGCAACCAUACGAUUGCUGCCCGUCAAGCCAUGGUGGCUACCGGUGAAGCAAGACAGCUAAUGCUUGAAUAUCUCGCACAUUUCUCUAGAGUGCCAGAUUUUAUGGCCAAUCUCUGGGCGAAUUUCGACUGCAAUGUCGACUGUGAAGACAUCUUCGAGCGACUGAUUCGAUUCCUAGCUAGAGGGAUUUAUCCGCUCAAUCCAGCAUACUCACAAUCUCAAGAGGGUUCCCAAGUACUAUGUCUGGAUACAUUACUGGCCUUCGUAGGGCACAUGAUCAACCGAUUGGAGUCUUCGGUCCAGCCAUCAGUCGACGUGCCCGCUCCGGUACUCUUAGCCAGAGACAAGGAGGGGAAACGCGCCUUACUCGAAGGGGCAGCCAAGUUCAACCAGAAGCCGAAGGAAGGACUCAAGUUUUUGGAAGCCAAGGGGAUCAUCUACGAUGACCCUACCCUCCCGCGCCCUCAAAGUCUCGCCUUCUUCUUCAAAACUUGCCCUCGAUUAGAUAAGAAACUGCUUGGAGAGUAUAUCUCUAGACCAGAAAAUCUGGAGGUUUUGAAAGCCUUUAUGACUCUCUUUGAUUUCCGUGGCAAAUUAAUUUCCGAUUGCCUUCGAGAACUUCUAGAAACCUUCCGGCUACCUGGAGAGUCGCAGCAGAUCGCACGAAUCACGGAAGUGUUUGCAGCUGUCUACGUGGCUGCUGGUGCUCAUGAUGUGAAGACCGAAGACGCGGCGUAUGUGUUGUCUUACUCUGUCAUCAUGCUCAAUACCGAUCAACACAACCCUCAGAACCGCAAAAAGAUGACCUUAGAAGACUACAAACGAAACCUUCGGGGUGUCAAUGAUGGCGAGGAUUUCAGCGCAGAAUAUCUGAAAGCUAUCUUUGACUCGAUCAGGAAAAGAGAAAUCGUCAUGCCCGAAGAACAUUCUGGCCAGCUUGGCUUUGAGUACGCUUGGAAGGAGCUCCAACGACGAUCCAAAAAAGCAGGAACGUUUAUCACGUGUAACACGAAUAUUUUCGAUAAAGCGAUGUUCGAAGUCUCAUGGAAGCCGAUUGUUUCUUCCUUAUCCUACGCCUUCACCCAUUUCAACGAUGAUUUCAUGCUGCAAAGGAUCGUCGCUGGCUUCCAGCAAUGCGCAACGCUAGCCAGUCGAUUCAGCUUGCCAGAUGUGUUCGACGAGACGAUUGCAGCCUUAGCUCGGAUCACCGAUCUGAUUCACCAGCCAUCGCCUGAAGUGAAUUUCCCGACUAUCCCCGCGGAUGGUCAAACUCUGACCAUCAGUCCGCUCUCGAUCCGAUUUGGAAAGAACUUCAAGGCCCAAUUGGCUGCUGUCGUCCUUUUCACAGUAGCUAGCACCGAUGGAAAUGCUAUCAGAAGAGGAUGGCUAUACAUCUUUGAGAUCAUGCAAAGUUUAUUCGCCCAUUCUAUCCUCCCCAAUGAGCUUUUACUCUUACCUGACUUUGCUAAUGUCGGCACGAUUCCCAUCCGGCCCCCCAAGUCACCCGCUCAACCCCCAGAACGACGAGCGGAUGCUGGAUUACUCUCCACUCUAUCUUCUUAUCUCUUGUCGCCUUACGUCGGGCCCUCCGAUGGGAUCGGAAGGGAGAUUACAAACGAUGACGUUGAGUCGACGCUUUGUGCUAUCGACUGCUUGGCGUCUUGUCAUUUCGCCGAAGUAUAUAAUGGUAUCUUUACGAUGGAUGUCGAGUUACGAUACAAUUUGCUGAGGAUUCUGGCAGAGCUGGCUGACGGUCAAGUAGCCAAAGCCACUCGAGCGCGAGGCGCCAAUCUAGAUCAUCUCUCUCCCCCAUCAUCACCGCAAUGGGCCCGAUCACAGGCAUACUACGAUCCGAGCGCGCUAUUCCUACUCGAGUUGAUCGUGUCAGUAGCCACUCACGAGCCGGAGGCGUUGAGCAAAUUAUGGCUUCCAGCCUUCGAGUGUAUCUCGAAGAUCCUCGCCAACUCGGUGAUGUUGAGCCAGCUGCUCGUCGAGCGUGCCAUUGCUGGCUUGCUCCGCCUACAAUCGAUUGCCGUCGAACAGGAGGCCCUUCGCGAUCAGUUCUUCUUGGCCUUGGAUGUCUUCCGAUCCCUGCAACAGACCAUCCUAAAUUCCGUUGCUCAGCCUAUGAUCCAUGGCGUUUGUCAGAUUGCGUGUGGGAACCCGCAAGUUUUCAGAACGUCAACGCAGUGGAAUAUGCUGUUUUCGAUUUUCACGGCUACGGCUGGGAUCGAGGAAGCUGCAAAGGAGUCGUUCCAAGUGCUCAAUAAAUUAGCUGUUGGCGAAUUGCCCCCUGGAAUCGUCGCCGAAAACUUCGCCCCAUUCAUCUCGGCUUUGAAUUCCUUUGCCAGCGUUUGUGGGCAAGACGGCUCGGCGAGGUUUCCGACUCAGAACGUGUCUAACAGGACGGAUGGACAGGUGGUUCAGAGGGCAUUAGAAGCAGUGGGAAUGAUUCAAAAUGCGCAAGAGAUGAUACCAGGGAUGUUAGCCAAAGCGCAAUCGGACCGAUCACGACCGUGGGCAUCAUUUUGGAUGCCCGUCUUACUAGCCUAUGGCCAACAGAGCAUCAACGGCAACCGGGAGGUGCGGCAGCAAGCGCUAGCCAACUUACAACGCUCAUUGAUGGCCCCGGAGAUCCUGUCGAACGGGAACGUCGACCUGACGAUCAUUUUCGAACGCGUCCUCUUCCCCGUGCUCGAGGAACUCUUGAAGCCCCAGGUCUUCCGCAGAGAUCCCGACGGGAUGGGCGAAACUCGCCUCAGAGCUUCCGGCCUCCUCUGCAAAAUCUUCCUCCAUUACUUGGUCCAACUUAGUCAGCAGGGCAUGCCGAGAAUGACCGAGCUGUGGUUGCAAAUCCUCGGCUUCUUGGAUCGGUUUAUGCAUAGUGGUAGGAGAGACCAAAUGUAUGAGGCCGUACCUGAGAACUUGAAGAACGUCUUACUGGUCAUGCAUGCCUCUGGGUUCUUGAUCCCUCCCCAUGAGAAUCCGUCAGCCGAAGAGAGCCAUCUAUGGAAUGCAACCUUUGAGCGAAUCGACCCGGUCCUGAACACGUUGAAGACCGACCUGUUUCCUCCGCCUGCUACGACGACCACGACGACGACGGUGUCUCCGCCGUCGACUAUCGAUAACAAUCACCCUGGUCCCACGUCUGUCCAAUCCGACACUCAUGCUAACUCCUCUCCCCUCGAUCCGGACUCCCUGCCCGAAAACACUCUCUCCGGCCCAACCGACUCUCGCCCUCCUGGCUCUGAAAACCUCGACAACUAAUCAACCCUGAUCCCUCGAAAUCUACCCCUCGCUGUAUGCUACGGCUGAAAACGUUCUGGAUUCGCUUUCGAUGAUGGCCCUUCUCGUGUUCAAUCUGAUACACCAUCUUUUCCUGCUUUCUCAUCAACUUACAUCAUGUCUAUUUAUGAGCCAUUUGUAUUCUUCUUUAUCCCUCUUUCUUCAAUCUAUCCUCCUAUAUUUGCUGGUCUGCUUUUGUUCUUCUGAUCUUCUACUCUUGCUUUUUUUGGCUUUGAUGUUUUUUUUUUUGGUUUGGUUGGUUUGAUGUACAUUGAUAGAUAGAGAGAGUGAGAAGAAAAAUAAAAUACAAACAAACGUGAUUCAAAUUAAUGAGAUCAAAA